ACUGCUACUACUACUACUACUACUACUACUACUACUACUACUACUACUACUACUACUACUACUACUACUACUACUACUACUACUACUACUACUACUACUACUACUACUACUACUACACCUACUACUACUACUACUACUACUACUACUACUACUACUACUACUACUACUACUACUACUACUACUACUACUACUACUACUACUACUACUACUACUACUACUACUACUACUACUACUACUACUACUACUACUACUACUACUACUACUACUACUACUACUACUACUACUAUUAUUGUGAGGUUUGAGGUGAAGACGAGGGAGCUGUUGAGGUCUGGGGAAGGUGAGCGUUGGAGGCAUACGCUGUAG